AAGAAAACCCGACCAAAUGAAACACAAUUAAAAUAAAAUUCCAACACUAAAAUAAAUGUAAAACUUAGCCCCUGUACACCCUUUUCCAUCUCCAUUUUCCGAGAAAAUUCCAAUGAGAAAGAAAGCAUGUUUGGCCUCACUGGUCCCUUACGCCCAGUAAUCCACCUCCCAAUAUCUUCAAGUUCAAGACUUGCCUAUAUUCCUUCACAGAGCAACCAUCUCACUUUACCUUCUUCAAUCCUCAAAACCCAAAUCCAAAUCCCAAGAAAACCCACACGGUUCGUGGUAUUUGCAGAAAGCAAUAAUGGGUUGAGCGAAGAUUCGAAGGAGAAGGAAAACAAGGAAGAAACUGGUGAAGUCAAAGGAAAUGGGUCCAACGGUGGUGAUGGUGAUGAUGAUGAUGAUGAAGAAUUGGGGAAGGAUAGACGGUCCAUAUUCAGUGGUAUCAGGUGGGGUGAUCUGUUGCUGGACCCAGAUCCUGAUAACAUCGUGGCCGUUGGAUUGACUGGCUUGUUGACCUGGGCAAGUGUUCAGGUGUUGUGGCAACUCUUUGUCAUCUCCUUCGCCAUUCUUGUUGCUGCUCUCAAAUACUCCUUCAUUGCCGCACUUUUAGUUUUCAUUCUCAUUACCCUUCUCUGAAUGUUUUUUUGGUAGUAAAGCAAAUUGUAUUGACCAAAUUCUUGCAAAUCCCAUAUAUACCAGUUAGUACUUGUAGAAUUUCUCAUUCA